AUGCAAGAUCACAACAAGCAGCCGACAGCGGGAUUACGACAAGAGCGCGGACUGAUAAAGCAAGGGUGGAACACUCGAACCGUGGGCUGGACAAGUGGUGGAAUGAAGGAGAGAGAUAAAGAGUCGCAUGAAUUUUGGCGGCUGUCAGAGGGCUCGGCUCUCCAAACAGGAGCUCCCAGGCGCGCGGCUGCUGUCUUUGUCGCGACUCCAAACGAACCAAACCGAAACGAACCGACCGACUGUCUCAAAAUUGACCCUCCUCCCAGUCGCCGUUGGCCUCUCCUCUCCAGCGCUACUGUCUCGACGCUAACCAAUUGUUAG